AUGGGUCUACACGAAGAUGAAGAUAGGCAGUUCGCUGCGGAGGUUCAGGCUGUUCAGAACUGGUGGAAGGAUGAUCGGUGGCGCUUCACCAAGCGUCCCUUUACUGCGGAACAGAUUGUGGCAAAACGCGGAAAUCUGAAAAUUGAAUAUCCGUCUAAUGUUCAAGCUAAGAAGCUUUGGAGCAUACUCGAAAAGAACUGGAGGAACAAGCAGGCUAGCUACACCUACGGCUGCCUGGAGCCGACUAUGAUCACCCAGAUGUGCAAGUUCCUUGAUACUAUCUAUGUUUCUGGCUGGCAAAGUUCGUCAACUGCCUCUUCGACCGAUGAGCCUUCUCCCGAUCUGGCAGAUUACCCUAUGGACACUGUCCCCCGCAAAGUCAACCAAUUGUUCAUGGCACAGCUAUUCCACGACCGGAAACAGCGCGAGGAGCGCCUCACCACUCCAGCGGACCAGCGGUCCAAGGUGGCAAACGUGGAUUACCUCCGCCCUAUCAUUGCUGAUGCCGAUACUGGUCACGGUGGUCUGACUGCCGUCAUGAAGUUGACCAAGCUAUUCGUUGAGCGUGGUGCAGCUGGUAUUCACAUCGAGGAUCAGGCACCUGGCACCAAGAAGUGCGGCCACAUGGCCGGUAAGGUGCUGGUCCCUAUUAGCGAGCACAUCAACCGUCUCGUCGCCAUCCGUGCCCAGGCCGACAUCAUGGGCUCCGAUCUUUUGGCCAUUGCCCGUACUGACUCCGAGGCCGCCACCCUCAUCACCUCCACCAUUGACCGCCGUGACCACGCCUUCAUCGUCGGCGCCACCAACCCCAACCUCCAACCCUUGAACGAACUGAUGUUUGCCGCAGAGCAAUCUGGCAAGUACGGAGCUGCUCUCCAGGCCAUCGAGGACCAAUGGGUCGCACAGGCCGGCCUCAAGCUCUUCGACGACGCCGUCAUCGAUGCCAUCAACGCCGGCCCCAGUGCCAACAAGCAGGGCCUUAUCGAGCAGUACCUCAAGGCUGCCAAGGGCAAGAACAACAACGAAGCCCGCGCCAUCGCCAAGGGCAUCACCGGCGUCGAUAUUUACUUCGACUGGGACGCACCCCGUACCCGUGAGGGUUACUACCGUUACCAGGGCGGUACCCAGUGUGCCAUCAACCGCGCUAUUGCCUACGCACCUUUCGCCGACCUGAUUUGGAUGGAGAGCAAGCUGCCCGAUUACAACCAGGCCAAGGAGUUCGCCGACGGUGUCCACGCUGUCUGGCCCGAGCAGAAGCUCGCCUAUAACCUCUCCCCCUCGUUCAACUGGAAGAAGGCCAUGCCCCGUGACGAGCAGGAGACCUACAUCAAGCGUCUGGGUGAGCUGGGCUACUCCUGGCAGUUCAUUACCCUAGCUGGUCUGCACACGACUGCGCUCAUCUCGCAUCAGUUUGCCAAGGCGUACGCGCAGAAUGGUAUGCGUGCCUAUGGCGAGCUUGUUCAAGAGCCUGAGAUGGACGAGGGCGUUGACGUUGUGACCCACCAGAAGUGGAGUGGUGCCAACUAUGUCGAUAACAUGCUUAAGAUGGUCUCUGGCGGUGUCAGUAGCACUGCGGCCAUGGGUAAAGGUGUGACCGAGGAUCAGUUCAAGAACUAG